UGCUGAGGAGGCUUUGAAAAGACGUAAAUGUGUUUGUGAUGGAUUCGCAGAAUUAUUUAGUGAAUUAGCUAAAAAUGCUGGAUUGAAAGUUUGGAAAGUCAAGGGCAAAGCCAAAGGCGUCCACUAUAUACCUGGUGAUAGUAUUGAUAAUAAAAAAUAUGCUCACGCGUGGAAUUGUACUACAUAUAAAGGAGAAUUUCUUUUUAUCGAUAGUACUUGGGGUGCUGGACAUUUAACUGACAAAACAUUUGAAAAACGUUUUGAACCAUUUUAUUUCCUCACACGUCCAACCUCUUUCAUAUUCACUCACUUACCUGAUGAUGAAAAGGAACAAUAUCUGUCUCCUCCACUUACUAAAGAAGAAUUCCUUAAUUUGAAUAAUGUUAAACCACCAUUCUUUGCUGCUGGCAUGGAAUUCCGUGAAUACAUUGGACAUACUAUUACUACUAAUGAUGACUUGAUCGAUUUUGAAAUUACAAGAUAUCAUCCUGAUGAAGGUCAACCAUUGCAUGCAAUACUUUUAUGGAAUGGUAAAGAGGUUGAUGUCAUGAUUCAAAGAGUGGUUGGAUAUGAUGCAAGUUCAGGAAAAGUCUAUAGGCUGCAAACUGCGUGUCCAAGUCGUGGUGAAGGAAAACUUGAAAUAUAUGUGAUGUUUGAAGGUAACAAGGGUCCAUUAGCCGCAUGUUUCAGGGUCGUAAACAAAGGAAGCGGAAAAAAUUAUAGUCCAUUUGUCAAGACCUUCAGAGUUCCAUUCAAAUUUAGCAUCGAAAAGCCAACUCAUUUAAACCUAAAAUACAAUAAAGAAUAUAAAUUUGAAUUCACAAUAUUUGAUAUGAAAGAAGAACAACAUCCCGAAUUCUCUUUAUUUUCUCCGGAGAAAAAUAUCCGAAAAUUUCACAAAAUAUCGAAAUGUCAAGAUGGAAGCUUUACUUAUGGGCUUGAUACAAAAGUUGAUCAAAAGGGUGAUUGGAAAUUAGUAUUUUCUUCGGAUGGAAAGCAUUUCGAUUUUAUUGCACAAUAUCAUGUUGAUUAA